CACACCUUCUUCUCCCCCAAAAACGCACACUGCACACUGCACCACCGCACACAGAUCUAACCGAAACCCACCCCCACCGGCGGCGAGCCGCCGACGAGCCAGCCAUCCAAGAUGCAGUACAACAACCUGGGACGGUCGGGCCUCCGCGUCAGCCAGCUCUCCUACGGCGCGUGGGUGACCUUCGGCAACCAGCUCGACGUCAAGGAGGCGAAAUCCCUCCUCCAGGCCUGCCGGGACGCGGGGGUCAACUUCUUCGACAACGCGGAGGUGUACGCCAACGGGCGCGCCGAGGAGAUCAUGGGGCAGGCGAUCCGGGACCUGGGGUGGCGCCGCGCCGACGUGGUCAUCUCCACCAAGCUCUUCUGGGGCGGCCAGGGGCCCAACGACAAGGGCCUCUCCCGCAAGCACGUCGUCGAGGGCCUGAAAGCCUCGCUCAAGCGGCUCGACAUGGAGUACGUCGACGUGGUCUACUGCCACCGGCCCGACGCCACCACGCCCAUCGAGGAGACGGUGCGGGCCAUGAACUGGGUGAUCGACCAGGGGUGGGCCUUCUACUGGGGCACGUCGGAGUGGACCGCGCAGCAGAUCACCGAGGCCUGGGGCGUGGCGAACCGGCUUGACCUCGUCGGGCCCAUCGUCGAGCAGCCCGAGUACAACCUCUUCUCCCGCCACAAGGUUGAGUCUGAGUUUGUACCUCUUUACAACACUUAUGGCAUUGGGUUGACUACAUGGAGUCCUCUCGCUUCAGGGGUUCUCACUGGGAAGUAUAGCAAAGGGAAUAUACCCGCUGAAAGCCGGUUUGCCCUAGAUAACUACAAGAACCUGGCAAACAGGUCUCUGGUUGACGACACGCUUAGAAAAGUGAACGGGCUCAAGCCAAUCGCUUCGGAGCUUGGCGUCUCGAUGGCGCAGCUGGGUAUCGCCUGGUGCGCGUCGAACCCCAACGUGUCGUCUGUGAUCACUGGAGCCACCAAAGAGAGCCAGAUCGUCGAGAACAUGAAGGCCCUGGAGGUCGUCCCGCUGCUGACCCCAGAGGUCCUGGAGAAGAUCGAGGCGGUCGUCCAGAGCAAGCCGAAGCGCCUCGAGUCGUACAGAUGAAGCGGUCGGUCGGUCGGCUUCGUCAGCUGUGCAGCGUGUGCCCGCCCGCCGCCCGGUGGGAUUUUUUCAGUACCCGGUUCUCCGAAAAACCAUAUACCGAACGUCCUGUGUAGUCGGCGUGCCCAGCGUGUGAAACAUUUUGUCGAGUGGACCUGAUGAUGACGGUGUUCGUCACAGACAAUGCUUUUAUGCCGCUUGUAUGUUUGCUGCUGUCGCUGUAUGUAUGGGUCUGUUGCAAAAUCUGAGCGGGAGAUGAGCUGUUUUCCUGUGAA